AUGAAAAAGAAUUCGCGCAGGAUGAAAAAAGAGAAAGGAGACUAUAAAAGGCUUCCAGUAUCUCAGAAGAAAAAUCCUUUCACUGGACGUGUAGGGGAAAGAGCAAACAACAUGAAAAGGGGGUAUAACGUCAGCUUAAACGAUAUAGAACGCCAGCCUGCCAAACAGCCGAAACUCGCACACAUCAAGAAUGCCAACUCAAGCGCCGAGGCUCAAGUAAACAUAAACCGCAGUGUGAACGUGAAUAACUCUAAUGGUUCAAAUUCAAACGCCAAUCAAACUGUAAAGGCAAGCACCCCUUACACACCAAACACGACCACAUGCAUCACCAGCACCGCAAACGCAAACACCAUCUCUUCCAUUAACACAACCUCGAGCACAACCAGCACUGCAAACACAUGCAUCAUCCUCACAGUAAACGCGACAACGAACACAAACCUGGCCCAGCAAAACAAAAAAGAUGAUGAAGUAGAAUUUUUAAAGAUCUCUCACAGAAGCGCCCCAAAGGCCGGUAAAUUCCAUCUCUCGGAACAGGACAUUAGCACCAUUUCAACUGGAGACUGGCUCACCGACCAUAUUGUAGGUGCAGCUCAGUCUGUUCUGAGGGAACAGUUCCCUCACGCAAGAGGAUUGGAAAAUACAACUUUGGGGCCUAUUUUUAAUUUUUCUGUUCAAAAGGGCCAAUUUUCACAAAUCCUGAAUACUGGCAGCCAUCAUUGGGUGUUGGUAUCUACUGUAGGAUGCUACACUCCUGCAGUUUAUCUGUACGACAGCCUGUUUUCGGGAAGAAUUGCAGCCCUCGUGCAGAAACAGAUUGCAUCAAUUAUAUACGAGGAAGGAACCAGUUUUAAGGUCAUUGUACCAAAUGUGCAACACCAGAACAAUUCCGAUGACUAUGGAGUUUAUGCUAUUGCUUUUCUGGUUUCGCUACUACAUGGCCUCAAUCCUUCUAAUCUGACAUUUGACAGGAAGCUGAUAAGACAACAUCUUUUAAAGAGCCUGGAGAGUGGAUCAUUCGACCCCUUUCCCCUCUCUAAAGUACCCAAGUGUCGAGACAGGAGGCCACUUUUUGUUCAAGAGGUCUCGGUAAUGUGCGAGUGUAGAAUGCCGAGGGAAGAGUCAGACUCGAAGUCUCCUUCUCGUUGUGUGAAAUGUUGUAGCUGCAAGGAGUUUUUUCACAGGAAAUGCAUUUCAACAAUUAUUUUGGAAGAUUCAAGUGCAAACUGGCGUUGUCCAAACUGCGAA